AUGCGGUGUAAAUACGCGCCGGUGCAGACCGAGCGGGCGUUGGCAUUAAGCCUUUACGCAUUCAUAUUUGCAAGUAGCCAGUACAGCGGCAGACGUUGCAUGGGCGCGCGCCGCAAGUCACACGCUCUCAUCUUUGCGUCCCAUCGUUACAGUGCGUUUGGAACACGCGAAAAUUGCCCUUAUCGCUUCCCAAUAAAGCGCGAGGCGGCGGUAAAUGAAUCGUUUAAUUACUCGACGGUGACGGAUGGUGCCGCGUGCCUCGCGACGCCUAUGAAAUCGGCGACUAUUCGGCCCAGUCCGAUGCCGGCGCGUGUUGCGCUUUCAUCUUGUGUAUUUCUAGUAGAUAUGUUUCCGUGCCGC